UUGUGUUCAUGAAUCACAGAAUAAAUCGUGGAGCAACAGUGUUUCUGAUAACAGCCAAUAGUACUUAAAUACUUAAGUUUUUUGAUUUUUAUCUGAUUUGAAUUUCAUCAAUCGAGUAUAUAACAGUAGAAUGGAUUUCAAGGGCAAAGUUGUGCUAAUAACGGGAGCCAGUUCUGGAAUUGGAGCUGCUGCUGCAGUGAAAUUCGCUAAAUUUGGUGCCAAGCUGGCAUUGGUUGGACGAAAUGUGGAAAAUCUUAAAGAAACAGCAUCUAAGUGUGAAAAUGUCGGAGAGGACUCAUUGACUCCAUUAUUGAUAAGGGUCAACCUGACAGACGAAUCGGCUGUGCCAAAUAUUAUAAGUGAAGUGUUGGAACGUUAUGGACAACUUGACGUAUUGGUCAACAAUGCCGGAAUUAUUGAAAAUGGCACAAUUGAGAAUACAAGCCUUGCUCAAUUCGAUAGAAUUAUGGACACAAACGUUCGCUCUGUGUAUCAGCUGACUAUGCUCGCCGUACCUGAGUUAAUUAAAACAAAAGGCAAUAUCGUUAAUGUAUCCAGCGUUUGUGGUCUACGUGCAUUUCCCAAUGUAUUGGCUUACAAUAUAUCGAAAUCGGCUAUUGAUCAAUUUACACGUUGUGUGGCUUUAGAGCUUGCACCGAAAGGCGUGCGAUGCAAUUCAGUUAAUCCGGGUGUCGUAGUCACCAACUUGCACAAAAGUGCUGGCAUGAACGAUGAAGCUUAUGAGAAAUUUUUGGAGCACUGCAAAAUCACUCAUGCUCUUGGACGGGCUGGAGAUGUGGAAGAAGUGGCCAAUGCUAUUUGCUUUUUGGCCAGUGAUUUGGCCACAUUUACUACCGGCAUGAAUAUGCCAGUUGACGGAGGCAGACAUGCCAUGUGCCCCAGAUAAAAAAAAAACAAUGGAAUGACUUUAAUAAACAUGCGUUUAUACCUCGGAAACAUACAUAUGCUUACUAAUAUUAAUAAUUUCAUUUACAUAUUUUAUAUGUAUUUAUUAACAUGCAUAUAGAGUAAAUAAAAAUUUUCAAGGUAGUACGUGUGCUUUGAAGUGCAGUUAGCUACAACA